AUGGCUAGUCGUUUCAUUUAAAAUUCAUUUUAAUAACAUGAAUCAUAAGCUCCUAGUAGAGCUGUAUCAGAACAUUAAAAAAGUAAAAGUGAAAAAAAUGUUACAAAAGUACAUCACAAAUCACAUUAAUCAAAUCAUUAUAAUCCUUUAGCAAUUCCAUGUGAUUGGUAAUUAGCUGAAAAACAUGCAAAAGCAAGAAGAGUAGCUUAAGAAUUCGAAGUUGAAGAUCAAACUACAUGUCCUUGUUGUGGAUAUUCAGUAGAAAGAAUGGAUUUAUAAUAUGAUUGUGAUCCAAUAGAAAUGAAAUUUUUAGGAUCAGGAUUUCCUUUGUUCUACAUGUUUAUUAAAUAUUGUAUAUUUAUACUAGUUGAAUUUUGGUUAUUGAAAGGUAUGUUUUGUUUAGCAACAGAUUUAAUGGGAGAUUAUUGUUAUAAUUAAAUCAAAUUGGAAAAAGUGAAAAAUGAGAAUCAUUCACAUAAUCAUAUAGAGAAUCAUUUAAAUUCACAUCAUUCUCAUUAAAAAGAAAAUUCUAUUUGUGGUGGAUCUUUAUGGCAUUUUGUAAGUUUAGCAAAUGUUUAUGAUAGAUAAGAUAUUAGAAAUUGGUAAUCCAAUUUAUCAUUAGUUGUAGUAUUAGCUAAUAUGUUUUCAUUUUUAUUCUUUAGAAAGGCUUAAAGAAGUAUUGAUAUUGAAGUUGAUGAAUCUUAAUUGACUCCAACUGAUUAUACUAUUUGUGUUAAAAAUAUUCCAAAAUUAGAUGAAGAUUAUAGAGAGGUACUAAAGAAUAUAUUUUAAAAUUAUGCAGCUGAUGGUAGAGAAUUAAAAGUCACUAAAAUAGUUUUAGUUUAUAAUUUAGAUGAAGUAAUUGAUUUAGAAGAGUCUCUUAAAGAAUUAGUAAGAGAAAAGUAAGAAUAUUUAGUAGAAAAUGGAAUGAAUUUUACUGAUUUCAAAGUUAAAUAAUUAGAUGAAAAACUAGAAUCUUUAGAACAUAAGAUUCAUUAAGUUGAACAUGAAUUAUUUGUAAAUAGAGAUAAGUUUGCAGGUAUUGCAUUCAUUAGUUUCUAAACUGAAGAAAUGAAAUAAAUUGUAUUAUAACAUAAUUCUCAUACAUCUUGGGAAAGAAUGAAGGCAUUCUUUAAUUAAGGUAAAACUGCAGAUGUUAAAGGAAAGGGUUUAAUUUUGAAUGAACAUAAAUUAUAUGUAGAAGAAGCACCUGAACCUAAUGAUGUAGAUUGGGAAUUUAUACAUAUUUAAACUGGAUAAAAAGUUAAAGCAAGAGUUGUUGCUUGGUCUAUUUCUAUUAGUUUUAUGGCAGGUUGUUUCUUUUUAAUUUGGUUUCUUAGCGAAUUAGCUGAAAGAAUGAAUGAAUAAGUCGAAGAGUAAGAAAAAAAAGGAAUCAAAGAUUCAUUAACUUAAACAAUUGCAUUCUUAACUAGUUAAUCAAUCUCAUGGACCGUAGUAUUCUUCAAUAAAUUUGUAAUUGGAAAAGUUUAUCAUUUAAUUGUUGAUUUAGAAAAAAUAUCUAAUAAAACCAAAUUUAAUAUUAGUUUUGCAAGAAAACAAUCAGUUGCCUUAUUUAUUAAUACAGCUUUAAUUUCAUUAGUUAUUGAUUUCUUUUUAACUGGCAAUGUAAUUGGAAAAGGUGGAUUCAUUUAUAAUGAAUCUAAUGUAUUUUUAUUAAAUGCAUUCAUUCCUCCUAUUGUUUGGUUUGUUGAUCCUUGGAGUAUUUAAAAGGACUACCAAAGAUAAAAAUAAUAAAAAAAUGCUAAAAAUUGUAUUCUAACAUAAUAGGAAGCAAAUGAAAUUAUGGAAAUGCCUGAUUAUUCCUAAGCAAAAAGAUAUGGUGAUAUUAUGAAAACUAUGUGGUUCACAUUCUUUUAUGGAGAUAUCAUUCCUGUUGGUAUUCUAUUUAGUAUAAUGGGUUUAACAUUAUAUUAUUUUGUUGAUAAAUAUAAUGUACUUAGAAGAAGAACAAUUAAGGAAUCUCUUUCUAAACAUUUAUCAAUUGAAAUGAUUGAAAUGCUAGAACUAAUCGUUAUAUUUACUGGUAUUGGUAAUACAGUUGUCUCAAGUAUUCUAUUUGGAGAAGUCAAAUGGUAAGAUUUUAUAAUAAUAAUAAUUGGAGUAGUGUAUAAUCUUCUCCCUAUGGAAGAUAUCUCGAGUGUUUUGUUCCCAUUAGAGUAGAAAGAUGAGGUUUUAUCCUAUGAAGAAGCUGAAGAAUAUUUCAAUACAGAUUACGACAGAGAAAAUCCUGUAACAAGACGGGAAGCUUUGGAAGAAUUUGCAAAAAAAAAAUGA